AAAAAGGUCAUAAGAACUUGUUUAUCCAGUGUUUAUAUCCUCUCUUAAUGCGAGAGAAAAUUAUACUCACCGCAGCUGGUUAUCCGAGCAAUUAUCACGAAAUUGUUACAAGCUGCCUUUAACAUUGCAAAGCCCACAUUUGGUGUGACUAAUAUAUUUAUCCCUUACAACCUUCACCCAACAUUACAAAGCCCACAUUUAUUACUUAUCUUUUUUUUUUUUGUCAACUUUAUUCCUUAUCUUAUAAUAUUCGAAGCCUAAGUAUUUAUUAAUGCAACAAUGGAGUUGUUCGGUUGGUGUUCGAAUCAAGAGAGAUAUAUAGAUUGAAGUGUUUUGACCAAAAAAAAAAGAAGAAGAUUGAAGUGCAUAAUAUCGAGUGUGAGAUGAUUUUCUUUAAUUGGAACCUCUCAUGGAUUUAUCAUGUUAAAUCUAUAAAAUUCUUAUAGAAAAAAGAACCUGAAAUAUCAAACAAAGUCUCACAUUGGAAAUUAGACAAAACAAAGUCUAAUAUAUAAAGAGAUGUCUAAUUCUAAUUAGUACGAAACUUUUUGGGAAAGAAACUAAAAGUAAAUCCAUACGGGCUUGCCUAAAGCACAAAAUAAACAAUAUCGUAAUAAUCAAACAAUAUAAAGUUGGACAUAAAUUUAAUAAAUUCCAACAUUGAUACCAGAGCACCAGGUUGACGAAAAUCUGCAAGAAGACCAAAAUACCCUCCCUUCAAGUAAGAAAAAUGGAGGUUCGGCAGAAAUUAGUCAGAAGAUCAUGGAACCUGUAAUGACAUUCUCAAAGGACCGAGACGUUGUGAGAGGCACAUUCUCAAAGGAAAGAAACACAUAAAAUGAGUGUGGUCCUUAGUUUGAGGGGAAGAAUGUGAAAUAUCAAACAAAGUUUCACGUUGGAAAUUAGACAAAGGAAAAUCUAAUAUAUAAAUAGAUAUCCAACUCUGAUUAGUACAAGACCUUUUGGAAAGGAAACCAAAAGUAAAUCCAUGCGGAUUUGCGUAAGGCCAAAAUAAACAAUAAUCAACCAAUAUAGAGUUAGACGUGCAUUGAAUAAAUCCCAACAAAGAAUAAAAUAAAUAUGAAAUGAAACUGGUUAGUAACUCGUUUUAUAUUGCCAAGUAAUGCGUAAUUUAUACUUUCUUUGUUUCAUUGUAUAUAUUCUUUGAGGUUCCAAACACAGUAUAAAUAAUACUCUUAUGGAAAGCUCAUCAAUCCAAACACACACAAUGGUAGUAGAAACGAUAACAAUACCUUUUCUUCUACUUAUCAUCUCCUCCCUUAUCCCACCAAUCCUCACCGUUGAUCCCCCACUCCCAUCGACCGACGGCUCCGAUUUCAUCCGUACGAUCUGCAACACCACACUAUACUCCGAUCUAUGCUUCUCCUCUCUCUCCACUUUCGCCAACUCCAUCCACAAUGACUGGAACCGCCUCGCACGCGUAGCCAUCUAUCUCACUCUUUCCAACACUCUUCACCUUGUCUCCUACUUCCAAAACGCUUACAGCAACUGCGUUGACCACGGUUGUGGUGGUGGACCCCACAACUCAACGACUUCUGCCCUAAAGGACUGCUUAGAGAAUCUUAAGGAUGCGGUCGAUGAUAUGAGAGGGUCGAUGAAACAGAUGAAGGAGCUUGUCUCCACGGGCUCGGUCCAGUCGUUUAAGUUCCAGAUGAGUAAUGUCAAGACUUGGCUCAGCGCAGCUCUCACUAACGAGUACACUUGUACGAACGGGUUCGAGGACUUCCACGAUGAUGGCUCCAUCAAAGAUGACGUAUGUACACGAGUGGAAGACAUCAAGAAGCUGACUAGCAAUGCGCUUGCUUUAGUCAAUCGCUACGCCGACAAGACUAUACCUUAAUCAUUCAUCGAUCAAGUUUUCUUUUUUUCUUGAAAAAUGAAUUUAUAUACAUCAAAUUUAAAUCUAAUAUAUGUGAGUUUUCCUUAGCUGUAUAGUAUGUUUUCGUGUCGAAAUUAUUAUUUACUUAAAAUCAUUUCAGUCGUUCUAAACAAUAUAAAACGAGUGUGUAAAAGGAAUCAGUUAUAGUCUCGUUAUUCUUACAUCGGUUGUCGUUUUAGGAUUUUCUUAUAUUAUUUAGAAUAUAUAAAUCCAUAAAC